UCAAAAUUUCUGACAGACUCGGUUGUACGGAAUCGGCGGACCGAGUUGUAGACCGUUGAUAGAAGAGAGAAAAAAUAGGAAACGAAGAGAGAGAGAGAGAGAGAGAGAGAUGGAGGAAGAUCGGAGCAGCAGCGGCAGCAGCAGUAAUAGUAAUAUUAGUUUGGAAGCUGGAAAAUCGGAGAGGUCGGUGUGGCUGAUGAAGUGCCCACUCGUGGUUUCAAAGUCAUGGAACUCUCACUCUCUCUCUCACUCUCAAUCCUCUUCCUCCGACUCUCCCUCCCUCGCCAAAGUCGUCGUCUCCGUCGAUCCUCUUCGCUCCGAUGAUUCUUCUUCCCUUCAGUUCACAAUGGAGAUGGCUGGCAAUGAGAUUGCAAACAUGCCAAAAAGCUAUGCUUUGAACAUGUUUAAAGACUUUGUUCCAAUGUGCAUUUUUUCUGAGACAAACCAAGGUAAGGUUGCAGUGGAAGGGAAAGUGGAACAUAAAUUUGACAUGAAGCCCCAUAAUGAGAACUUGGAGGAGUAUAGCAAAAUGUGCCGUGAAAGGACAAAUAAAUCGAUGAUUAAGAAUAGACAAAUUCAGGUGAUUGACAAUGAUCGUGGAGUCAAUAUGAGGCCUAUGCCUGGAAUGGUUGGCUUAAUUCCCUCCAGUUCUAAGGAUAAGAAGAAAGCAGCACCUGUUAAGGGACCAGAAGUGAAAAGAACUAGAAGAGAUCGCGGGGAACUGGAGGAAAUUAUGUUUAAGCUUUUCGAAAGGCAACCUAAUUGGGCCUUGAAGCAGCUAGUCCAAGAAACAGAUCAACCUGCUCAAUUUUUGAAGGAGAUUCUGAAUGAGCUGUGUGUCUACAAUAAAAGGGGUACAAACCAAGGAACUUAUGAGCUAAAGCCUGAAUAUAAGAAAUCUGUUGAGGAUACAGGUGCUGAAUAAAUUGUUUUAUCUGACUGUAUAUUUAUUUGUGCAAGUUGGAUUAAGCUUAGGAAAGAAAGGUGGAGUUUUUUCCAUUGGCAGCACCUCUGUUCUUUACAAAAUCUGCAUGGUGUAGUCAUGAACAAUCCUUGUUAUACUUGGUUGGUUGGAGACAUAUAAAAGAGGCAUAUACUUUUAUUCA